UCUGAGAGAGAGCAGUUUCUUCGACGCGUGGGGCAAGCUCUCGCUCGCAACUUGUCACGCCGGGCAUCCGCCACGUGGACAGCCUUUGCAUGCUUGCGGGCUCUCAAACAAUCGGUUACAAAUAUCAGGAUCUUGUCCGGUUUUGAGCAGCGGCAGCCGUCACAGAAUGUGGAAGCUGGGUGGAUUCGUGCGCUCCGGCGUCAAGCUCGCCACUCCCGCCACUCAAAGGCGAUCUUCCUACGUUGCCUCGUCGAACAUCCCCCGAGCAAGGAGAGUCUACGCAGUUCCUCCGGAAGAAGAUCCCAGCCAGUCUUACCACACGCGAGGAUACGCAAGCGAGGCACAGACCAAGGUUAACGAUGCCGAGCAAAAGGCCGAGGAAGCAAAGCAGGGAAUGAAGCAAAAAACCGACGAGGUUAGUGAGGAGGCCAAGGCGAAGAAGGAGGAGGCAAAGUCCGCCGCUAGCAAAGCAGCCGAGGAUGCCAAGGCCAAAGCCGAGGCUACCAAGUCCAAGGUCGGCGAAGCCACGGACAAGGCCACGAGCAAGGCCAAGGAAACGGUGAGUUCGGGCUCGCAGAAGGCCACGGAAGUGAAGGAGUCUGCCAAGGAGAAGAGCGAGGAAGCCAAGGAGCGCAUCAAGAGCAAGACAGGAGAAGCUGCCGAGCGGACUGGGGAGGUGAAGGAGACUGCUAAGGUGAAAGCUGAACAGGCCAAGGAGAAAGCUAGCGAGAUGGGAUCCAAGGCGAAGGAGACUACCGAGGGGACGGCCGAGAGUAUGAAGCACAAGCUGAGCGAGACGACGCAGGCCGUCAAGGAGAAGUUGCAGGAGACGAUCGAGGGUGCCAAGGAGCCUUUCCGCCGGAUGAAAGAAACUCUGGCCGGGAAGAGCGAGGAAGCGAAGCAAUCCGCCGAAGAGACUGCCGACAAGGCAAAGAAACAGGCUCGUGAGAGCACGUAAAUAUCUUUGCUUGCCUCUUUCGUUUUGUUUUGAUCUUCCAAGCAAAAGAUUUACCAGAAAGUCCAGAA